AGACCAUAACAAAAGCAUCGUCGGACGGAGGUCAGCCAGCAUGCCGAUUUUGAUACCGUGAAUAUUCUUUUUUGUAAAAUUCCAAUAAAUCAGUGGUUUUAGAAAAAAAAGUAUUUUGCUUUUCGCUUGAAAAUGAUGCUGAAUCGAUUAACAUCCCUAUUUAGAGUCCCCUGCACAAACCUGAUCACCAAUGUGCUGCGGACCGCGGCGAUACCUGCAUCUAGACUGCAAUUUCCGGCUGUUGCCGGUUUACCACCAGCUAGUUCGCUCCUUUCCCGCUUAAACUCGUCGCUGGUAUCGUCGCAGCAGAGUGGUGCUGCCUUGGAGGAUGUGAACAAGCAGGUGCAAUCCGGCACCGAAGGCCGCCUUUUCGCCGUGGUUCAACUGUGUGGAAAGCAAUUUAAAAUCACAUCCGGGGACGUUAUCAUAGUGGAGGGCUACUGGCCGCCCACCAACGGGGACCAAAUCCGGCUGGAUAAGGUGCUGUUGGCUGGAGGGAAGGACUUCUCGCUCGUAGGAAGACCUCUGGUGCCCCAGGGAUUGGUGGAGGUUCGGGCGACGAUAAUUGAGAAAUCGCUAUCUCACACGAAAACGCAUUUCCGCAAGAAGCGGAGGAAGCAGUACAUGAGGAUCAAUUUCUUCCGCACCCAGCAGACGAUGAUCCGGAUCAAUUCCAUUGAGGUGAGCUCCGAGGGAUUGAACAACCAAAGCCAGGUGGGAGCGUCUGAUGUGGAACGGUUUUAUUAGGGCUUAGAGGAAAGGAAACCCUAUGUUGUCGGUUUAAUAGAUUCAGUUACAGAUAUAUGAAUAGGAAAUAA